AUGCGAGGGCUACCGGCUAGAGGACGGAGCCGGCCAAAGAAGUUAGUCCGCCAUCGCCAGCAACAUCCAGUGCGCUUGGCAACACUUAACGUUGGGACGCUUACUGGAAGAAGUGGAGACUCGCUGGAAAGGCUCCAAGUCAAGGAAUUAGGCGAUGGCUACAAGCUCAUCUACCACAGCACAUCAAAUCGCAAUGGCGUUGGUAUCAUAUUGAACGAGUCGUUUAGAAACAGCGUCACAGCGGUGGAUCGACUAUCGGAUCACCUGAUGGCUGUAAAAGUAGACACAGGAGAAGUGGAAUUGCGAGUCGUCUCUGCUUGCGUCACAGGAUCGAAAGGAGCUAUUUUUCGCGUCCGUGGCUCCAUCUACACUUCCCCACCCUACUCGAAGUGUAGAGGAAAUGUGGUCGUCUACUUCCAGCGUUAUACGCUUGACCGCGGAGAACACUCUGGAAAAGACGGCUCUAGGACACGUCAGCCUGAAGAUCGGGGUGCUUACCUAGCGGCGAAGAGGGAGGCUAAGAAGGCAGUCUCCAAGGCGAAGUCGGACCGCAACAAGGCUGUGUACGACAUGCUUGAUACCAGAGAAGGCGAGCGGGCAGUGUAUCGUUUAGUCAGAGCGCGUCAUCGCUCGACGUUGAAUGUGGAGCACACCAAGAUCGUUAAGGGAGCUGAUGGAGCCGUUUUACGCCGCUCUUGUCAGACCCUGGAGAGGUGGCGAGAGUACUACAAUCACUUGUGUAACGAAGAGUUCUGUCAUCUUCCCAUCCCAACUCUUCCCAGCGUCGAGGGUCCUGUUCUACCAAUUACUGCCGUCGAAGUCAGUGCUGCCCUCGCAAAAAUGAAGUCGAACAAGGCAGUCGGUCCUGAUGACAUACCUGCUGAUGUCUGGAAGCUGCUAGGAGAUCGAGGGUCCGUGUGGCUCGCAACUCUAUUUAACAAGAUCGUUGCAGAAGGACGGACUCCAGACGUUUGGCAAAGUUACGUGACUGUCUGGAAAGGGAAAGGAGACAUUGCUGACUGCACUUCGUACAGGCCUAUACGACUGCUGUGCCAUACGAUGAAGGUUCUUGAGCGUGUCCUGGAAGCUCGUCUGAAGAAAAUUGUCAGCGUUUCACUCAACCAGUGCGGCUUUGUGAAGGACUGCAGCACUAUAGAUGCUAUCCAUGCGGCCCGUAUCUUCGUGGAGAAACAUCGAGAGAAGAACCGCGGUGCGCAUCUUGCUUUUCUCGAUCUCGAGAAAGCUUUCGACCGUGUUCCACAUGAGCUGUUAUGA